AUGGUGGAGCUGAGGUCCAGCACCUCCGGUGCUCCGCCACAGGAGCUGAUCUUCCGAUUUUCUCAGGUGGAUAGUCUACUUGGGCGUUUGGCCCAAAUGCCUGAGCUGCGCGAUGUGGCACUGCCGCGUUUGCCGCCCAAGAACACUCUGCGGUCCUUGGUCUCUGGUCGUUUUGACGACGCCUUCCUGGAGGAGCGGCAGGGCUUACUCACCAAGUUCUUUGAGGACCUUUCUGCGGCGUUGAACGGCAAGUAUUCUGAGGUGGGCAACGUCUUGGAGCUCUGCGAGCCCCUGGGCGAAUUCGUGGCGCUGGCGGCGCGGGCCGGAAACGCUGCGGAGGCGGAAGCGGUGGCAGCUGUUGAAGCUGCCAUCCGAAGAGAAGAAGAUCGACAGAUCAUCGCUUCUCAGAAUGCUGAGUACGAGGAGAGCCUGCGGCAAGACGAGCUUCGAAGGAUUGAAGAAGCUGAGAAGGCCGAGCGGGAACAGCAAGCAGCGAGGGAAGAGGCCAAACGGCAAGAGGAAGAGGCAGCCAAGGCGCUUGAGUUGGAGGAAGCCUUGAAGAUGCGACGAGAGAAGUUUGCGCUGGAGAAUCCCGUGCCUUCCGCGGGAGAACCUCAAGCCAUGAUGCGCUUCCGAGCGCCCAGCGGCGCCACCAUCCAGAGGGCCUUCCCUGACAGCGCGACAGUGUCCACGUUGUUUGAGUUUGCGGCGGUCUCGGAGUGGGAUGGCCCCAAGUGGGGUGAGACCUUUGACCUCAGGACCUCCUUUCCUGUGAAGAACCUGAAAGGCAUGGAGUCACAGACCCUGAGGGAAGCUGGGCUUUGCCCUUCAGCCAUGCUGUUGGUGGCACAGGACAGUUGA